GAUUGUUUAAACAAACCCAACAGAAGAACCAUCUCUUCAGACCCCACCUCUUCAACUCCUCCUCUUCCUCCUCCACCGCAGCCCCACCCUCACUCACGGCGUAAAUCUAAGUCACCAUCAUCCAGCGCCAAACGUUCAACCCCGAAACAAGCCUUGGAUUUGGACAAAAUUGGAACCACCUUUGACUCUGAAGACAGCAGGCAAACCCGUAGGGGGUCACGGGACCUCAGGGGCCUUAAAGGUUCAGAACUAGACGGGAAAUGGGAAGGCGUGGCCUUAGAGCUGCGCUGCUAUGGCAGCAGGAUGAGGUCAGCGGUGUAUCAGACCUCAGACAUGCCCUCCAUGGUCAGGACCAAAAGACAGUUAGAGCAAAAUGACAACAAAGGGCGGAUAGACCGGAGUAAAUUGAAGGCAACUUUUGUUUGAGGAGCCUGAUGUUUCAGACUCGCUGCCUUCACUCAUGCUGCCUCUGUAGCUCCGACCCCACUAAUGGCUUCUGCAGCUGCUGAAACAUUGUCAAGGUUUUAUCCCAAGAUGAAGGGAUUCUGCAGCUGCUCCAACCCUCCAUCAAGGCCUGCCGUCAGAUCGUGGGUGGAUGGCAUAGAUCAGAUGCUGGGUCCUGACUCCACUUAUUGUGUGCAGUGGUGGAAGUCCAUUCAAGAAGAUCACAUUUUUAUAGACCUACUUAACCGUAGUUACUUAACCAGUAUUUAUUUGACUCGUUUAUCUAGUGUAACAUAUUUCAUGUACCUACAUCGACUGCUAGUAUUUGUAGCUGUAGACUUAGAUAACGAAAGAACGCACAAGUGUUUGUAAAUUAAGCAAACUAAUAACUGACGUAGAUGGGUGGGUGUCAGAAGGUUGAAAUUAUAAAUACAUGUCAAUGAUUAAAUACCAAUAAUCUGAUAAUGUAGUGUGUAAAAUCGGACUUUCAGAGAAACUGUUCUUCAUGAUGGGGACUUAAACCUAAAAAACAUGCUUUGUAUACUGAGCCUUCAUAAACUUGGUUUUGAUACUGUUACACAGAACGUCUUUCCUCGUGCAAUAUUUCUGUUUUUCAAAAGACCGUUUCAGAUCAACGAUUGCUCCCAACAAAAUAAAGCUAUAAGGUAAAAAUAAGUAUAAAAAAACAUGUUUUUCAUGUAAGUGGAAGACAUCAAAGUGGUCUCUGAACAACCUUCAUAGAUUCUGAGAUCUCUCCAAGGUCAAGUUUUGACUGCUCAGUCCUUACUUGCACAUAAUUUGGAUAAUUAACAAUAAAAACUAAUAAUAAAUUGGUGGAAUAGAUAAAUGAAACAUCAGGACACAACAUGAAAAUUAUAACGAAUGAGAUUUUUAAGAACCUUCCUCAAAAUACCAAGACACAUCAUUCCCUGAACUUGCUCAUCCACUGGAUUCUUCCUCAUCAAGGCCCUGAAGCAAGGCGAAAGCCUCCGUACUUGUCAUUUUUCUUCUACUGUCAUUUUUGAGUCUCUUGAGUUAUGCGUGAAGAUUUAGCUUCACAGAGCUUAAAGUACAAAACAAACAACAGAGCAGGAGACAGAGUGGGAAAAUGUGACAAAACGCAUGCAGUCAAUUUGACUGCUCUGGUCAUUCUAGGUAGUAAAACUUAGAUCUUUUUUGUGUUUUGUGUAAAAAUUAGUAUAAAAAACGUGUUUUUCAUGUAAGUGGGAGACAUCUAAGUGGUCUCUGAACAACCUCGACCCUUCAUAGAAUCUGAGAUCUCUCCAAGGUCAAGAGGUUGGACACUGGACGGUGCUUUAAAACCGCUUUAUCCCAUACCUCAGUUACAUACAUAAUCUGAAACAGAGUUAAAGUGAGUGACCUUGAACUGACAAGAAAUUCCCCACUUCAGCUCCAAAUCCUGCACCUUUUAUCACCAACUGUAUAGUAUUGUAUUUGUAUAUCUGUCUCGUGGAGUUCAGGCGCUGGUUGUGUUGUUGGCUCAUGACACGGUCUGUGGCUGAUUACAUGAUGAGGCUGAUAAAACCUUGAGGACCAGACUGUGGCGGGGAGGCGGAAAGUCCCAUGUGGUGGUAUGAAAUAACUGAGGGAAGGGAGACAAAACAACAGCAGCACCAAGGGAAUAGAGUGAUGCUGUUUGAUAGAUCUGACCAGGUGAUGAUGAAGACAGCUGGUGACUGUGGAAAUAUGAAUGAGCAUGCAUGGAAACUCAAUAAUAGGAGAAAUGAGCUCUAAAUCAGCACACAGACUAUAACCUCGUCUUCUCGAUUGAACUUUCAUUAGGGCCCUGUGUAAUAUUGCUAUAAGGAUAAGCUAAUUUAGUAGACAUGGACGUCUCAUGUUCACAGAUAAAAGAACUUUCUGGACUGUUUGUGGUACAAUUAAUCAUUUUUUGUCUCUGUCCAUUUCACUUCUUCUGAUCGGGAUUAUUCCAGAGCAGGUUUGCACAUAUUAAAGUCUCUCUCUUCAGACACUUUAAUUAGCGUUAAGGCGACUUGAAUCCCUGUCUAACACCGGGCUAAGAACAACCUCAUGAGCUAAUUGAAAGGUGCGCAAGCUAUGUCUUUUUAAUUAAUUUAGCUCUAUUGUAAACAGCGAGGACUUGACGAGGGAUAACAACUGUACUCACUUGACAGAGUGUGGCGGGGUGAGGCCCCCCCCGGUCCUAUAGUCUGACUGUCAGGGGGAGAGUGCAGACUGAGCUGGACUAUAAAGACUAUUUUGAAAAGGUAAUUUCUUCAGUCUUUUUCUCUCAGAUGACUCAGGGUGAGGUGGUGAACAGCAGACAAAAGCAGACUGACUGUUUUCAGUUCUGAUUAGACUCUAGUGUUGAGAUGUCUGUCUGUCAUGAUAGCAUGUACUGAGUCAGGGCCAGUACCAGAUAAGCACAUUAAACUAUAAUCCAUAAACGUAAGAUAACAACCGAGACCUAAUGGUGCUGUGACAGCAACACGAUUGAGUUUGAGACAGUGAAAAUACAUACGGUAUGUUGUAUCUGAACAGGUUAGCUUACGAGCUAAAGUUACUUAGCACAGUUGAAAGUUAAAACAAAGACGUUUAGCAAACUGUUAAAGCACACAAACCAUUGUCAUAUGAGAGAUCCGACGCUAUGACUCUCAACAAGUUGUCCUUCAGGUCAUUAUCUUUGUAAUAUUUGUGUCUUUUAUCAAAAAUCACUCUGUUCGUCGACACGUAAACAAUCAGCCGGUCGGCCAUGUUGGAUACAUUGGUGAAUCUGGCGUCGAAAACAACACAAAAUCUGAUUGGUCAGAAGUGGACACACAGUAUGCGAAACUUUGGAAGAAUCAACCGUGAUACAAAAAAAUAAAUGCUGCAAUAUUGCAGGACGGGAAAACGUCGCGGAUGUGAACGCUUGUAUUGACAGGAUACAGGUUCGGAAAAAUUUAUUGACGUCUGAAAUAAUCGCACGGAAAAAACGCUCCUGGUGUGAAAGGACCUUCAGGUGUUCAAAUGCACUUCAGUUGUCCGGUCUUAAUCGGUGUAAGGCAGCAAUUUGGUUUUCUUGAGUGUCUUGUAAAUGUAGGCCUACUGACUGCCAAAGCAAGGGGAUAUGACACCACCUUAUGUUUAAAAUGAAAUCACUGGCCAAUUCAAAUUAUAAUCAAUAUUUCUGAAUAAUUACCACCAAAAAAUGAUAUAUUGGUGGGCUUUGUAGCAUUGGUUGACUUCUAAAAAUUAAAUAAAUAUAACAACGAACCAGUCUUUUGAAUGACUCUUUGAAUGGAACGGCUCUUCAAGAUCCGGCUCCCUACAAAGAGCCAUAAAAUCCCAUCUCGAGGAUUAUGGUCGUGGGGCCCAACUUGCAGGCUUUACAUGGGACCAGGAAUUCCUGGCGACACCCCUGCAGACGCAGCUGCUCGGAACCAUGACAGAAUGACGGAUUCAGUCGUCGCGGAGGGACAAGUCAAGUUUAGAGAUGGAAAAAAGGUUAACGUCUCCAAAAUUCAUUCGGAUUGGAAGCUAAAAUCGUCUUAUAACAGUCACUGUAAUUCCUCUUCACUUCUUUUAUUGACUUUUUUUAUAAACUUCUCCACAGUGGAAGACUCGGUGGGUCGUUCUUCGGAAACCCUCUCCGGUCGCAGGUAUGUUGCAAACCUCUUGAACUUUUCGCAACUGAACUGUACGAUCAAUUCAUUUAAAGAUAUUUUUCAGUCCUGGUUAAUCCUGUCAUUUGUGGUUAAAACAUCAUAACUUGUAAAUUGGUCCCAGUUUAGUUUCUUCAACACUUUCAACGCGAUAUAUCCUAACAGACUGGGCCACUCAACAUUACCUAUAAUUAAAAGUGAUUUUUAAUUUUUCAUUAUGGUCAAAAACUGCUUAAAAUAAAUGAGAUUUUUAUAUUUUCAAAGUGUUUCUACUAACGACCAAUAACACCAAACAGACUCUAAGUUGUAACAUAAAACUAGAUGUUUAUAUCAUAAAACUAAUGAGAAUAAUCAAAGUCUUAAACCCUCUCAUGUCUUUGUCUUCCUCAUCAGACUGUCUUUAUCUGUUGGUGUACAAGGAGAAGAAAAAAGGAAAGGAGAAGAGCCACAAGGAGAGGCUCAAUGUGACACUGGAGGUAAGAGGAAAACCUGAGUCCUGGCAGGUUUAUUAUUACAUGUUCAUUUCAUGUUUCACAACUCAACUCCAACUCAACACAAACUGCAACACAGUGUAGAAAGCACAAACACCCAGCAAUGGAUUAGAGUAAGAGGAGUUUGGGGGGAGUUUUUAAGAGUUGGAGCAGGAUUAUCUUUCUAUUUUCUAUUUUUGAUAAUAUUGAAAUGAGAAAUUUUAGGAUUUUUUGAAGAAAUUCUCAAAGUUUUCUCUUAACUUCAGCUUAAAGUCUCUUCCACUAAGUGUUGAGUCCACUCUGCAAACUUCAAGACAGGCUUUGGCAUUUAAUAGAAUGUAGUCUAUAAAUAAAAAUACUAAUUGAAACGAACUUUUAGAGUCCAAAAUGUGUUUUAUUUUACAUUUAUUUUUCCUGGUCCUGUCAGACUCUGGCUUGCUGUCUGUCCUUAUUCAACAGUAAGCCAACUAUGUAAGCCCUACAACUGCGGCUGAGAAAAAUUUUGGACGGCCGUGCUGUUUUUUCUGCCAACACAGCAGCCUCACUGCAGCUGUCCAGCCUGGACCCGCAUCAAAACCUUAGUAACCUAGUUUCUGCUUCACCCCCUUUUUUAGUUCAUGGUGUUGUGAUAGGAUGGACGCGAAUAAUUCGUACCUUAGCUACACGCUCAUCAUUCCAGUCGAUUCUUAUGAAUCUUGCAGCAAUCUUGCUGGUUUGUGAUUAUAUAUAUAUUUCUUUGACCUCUCAGGGGAUCUGUGGCGUGGAACCCGGGACUGGGUAUGACGGCGUAUCCUACAUACUCUCCAUCUUGUGUCUGACACACACACUCGUUUUGGGCUUUAACAGCCGAGAUGCGCUGUCAGCCUGGGACUCCCGAGUGUGCUACAGCCUUGGAGAAGGUCAGUGAGUUGACCUUGUGUGGUCGUAACACCCCCUCAAGUUUUAUUUUUCGAUGGUGAUAUGUGUAAAAAAUAUCAUCUACUCAUAACUACUGUUUUUAGAUAUAACUUCUCAUUUUUAAUUCCUAUUCAUUAUCACAUUUUCUUAAAUUGCUUUUGGGGUUACAAAUAUUUUUACUUCAUUAUUUUACAAAUAGUUGGUGCUAUAUGCUUCAAAAUGCUGUGCAAAGAAAUCAAUAUUUUCCUGUAUCAAUUGGAAGUACAGAAUAAAUCAAUCUUUAUUUAUAUAGUGCCAAUUUACAACAAGUGUUAUAAGAUUGAGCCCAAUCUAUAAAAUUAGACCCGCUACCGUCCCAUCUUCAACCCCAUGAGUGAAGCACUUCACAGCAAAAACACUUAAAUUAACAGGCAGAAACCUCGAGCAGGACCAGACUCAUGUUAGACUGUCGGGCCAGAGGACAGAGGUGGGACUAAUGCUUGUAGUUGGAGACUGAGUAGAUAGAAAGCAGGAACAUUUCUACAGCAGAAGAAUGAUGGAGCUCGUGGACUCCCAGAAAGACUGUCUUAGUGUUUGUAAACCCUAGGUCAUCGUGUUGAUUAGCAGCCCUCUACCUCUCAUUGGUAAAUCACUAUGAGAGGAUUACUCAAGGAAACAUGUUUUUAUCCUCUAACUUGUAAACAAGCAUCCAAACACGUUAGGGACAAUGUUUUUCUCUUUCCGAGUUCAUUAAAGAAAUGGAGCCUCGGUUGACAAAUCUAACCCCUAAAAAAUAACUGUGAUCAGUUUUAAAAGUUUAAUUCCUCUCUGAUCACCAGCCAUCGCUCUAAAGACACUAAAAUGUGGAUUAUCCGAAUCUGGGUUCUGCAGGUGAUGAGGAGAAACAUCUUUGGCAAAGAUUUCUCAGGCUAUCCAAAUUAAGGUUACAAGUUACCUUUGCAGAUAUUUGAUUCCUUUACAACAAGAAUGAGGAGCAGGCAGUUACCCUUUAGAGGCGACCUGGAAAGAAAUGAUAUGGGCAGCACAUCAAUAAAUGCUUGUCUGAUUUUUAUCUGGGUGAGAGCUGAGUCCCUGUGUGUAGUCUCCUGUCAGCAUUGAUUAAAUAAUGUCACAAGUUUGUUGUUAAUUCAUGGCAGAGAGUCACAUCAAAUGAUGUUUUAAGGUUUUACUUUCCAUGAUCUUUUCAGGUCCUUUUGGGUUCUGCUCUUGAAACGUUUCUCUCAUUACAAAAAAACUUUUGUACUUUCUUCCUGAUAUUUCUUUAAUCACUUUACAUCAUUUUCAAAUUCUAAAAAAGUGCCUUGUGUUGCUCACACGUGGCUUAAAAUACUAUUAUUUCAGCCUCCAUAUGAAACAGAAUACAUGGUUUUAUAAAUGUACUCUUUUAGACCUCAGGAAGUUUAAAAAUGUAUUUGCCUUGAAUUGUCCUGGAGGAUGUAGUGGAUAAAUUUACCGUCCUUGUGAAUCUCUAUUGCCCUCUUUUUUUUAUCAUGGCAGUGUAAUAUUUUCUCGCUGAGAUGCUCGUAAGAAAUGUGGAAACCUUUGUCAAAUUUUCAAGGCCUCUUGGUUUCAGUCUUUUGUCUUACACUGUCCCACACUGCCAUUGAAAACACUUACUUCAGCUCAAUAAACCGACACAAUACAUAUUGUAACCCUCGACGACGCCUUUGUCUGCGGAGCUUCCUGCAAGGCCACACUGCACACACACACACAGUCGAGGCAUUCAGUCAGAGUAUUAUCCUUUGAGAUGAAUUUUCAUACAUUCAUGUUUAUUUGUAUAAAGUCACUUUUCAUCUGUGAGAUAUUAUGAUAAAUUUCUACUUUGUUCUCUCUCCUUGGAUCGUCUGUAAAUCUGUAUGGCAAGAUACAACACCCACACAAUUUCCCUUCUCCUUCUCCUCCAGUCCACAGGUUAAGUGUCAAUGUCGAGCCGGGCACCAAACUUGAAAGUGGUCCUGCUUCCUUCCACCUAUGCAACAACCUGCUAGUCCUCGCUCGGGGCGUCCCUCCCGUUGUCAUUGGUCACUGGAAGCUGUCAGCGUUACGUCGAUAUGGUGCCGUUCCAAACGGGUUUGUGUUCGAAGGGGGAACUCGUUGUGGCUACUGUGAGUAAUUCGUGGGCAGAGCCAAUGAUUCUGCCUGGCUUCGUAUCGCUAACUGUUUAAUUUGCUGAGAGCUGUUUGUCUUAUUUGUGGUGUAACGUGUCAAACAGAAACCAUAAGGGUGAGGGUUUUUUUCCUGCAGAGCUACAGUGAGGCUAAGGUGGAGAGGGAUCACUUGUGUCCACCCCUCAUAAUCAAAGAUCACCAUUAUUCCCUAAAAAUCUGAUGGGUAGAAAUGAAUCAACAGAGACCCAGAGACAUGCUAAGUUUUGCGUAACAUGAAACAUGAGAGACUCUUUCUAACUCGAUGUUUUUAUGUAUGUUUUUCAUGUACAUCUACUUAAGAAAAUUGCUUUCUAUGUUUGAACCUACAUUACUGUGCUCCUGUUUACCUAAUCAUGCUACAUGUAUGUGUGUGUGCUCAAGCAGUCUCAUAGCUCCUACAGGAAUAACCAUGAGGCCCGUAGGCUCUGGUUUCAGUGUUGAUGAGCGCCAUCCAAAAAUACCAGCCUUCCCUUGUAGUGGUCAUUCAGCCAAUGCGACUGGGCCCAGGAGACUUCUAAUGACAGUUUUCUACUUUACUUAUUCUGUCCAUCCACCAUUGUGACAGUACUGAAGCCCAUUUGGCGUCGCUGCAAAGAAAUGAGAAAUGUUGGAGUCGGUAGAGAGACGCUAAUACAGGAGAAAUGGGCUCUCUUCUUCUGGUUCUGGUCAGGACUGGGGCUGCAGCAUUUUGGAUCAGCUGAGGAGUCUUUAAAGACGCAGUUUUGUCAGAAUUUACAUGCAAAAUUUUCAUCUAGGUCUUUCUGUCUCAAAGAGUGAAGUUAAUCUACUGGUUUCUCCUUGCUUCAGUAGCCAGGUUUACAUGGGCGAAGUUUCUGGAGACGAUUAAAAGUUUGAGGGAUCGGAUAAUCUGAAUCCGCUGUUUUAUGUGCACAAAAUUAAAUAAUCUGUUCCUGACAUGCGUAUACAUGCACCAAGUUUUAUUCAGAUUAGAGGCAUUUGGACGUGCGCAGUUGUCUGAUUCCGAGAAGAGUUGUAUUGACGCCUGUUCUGUCAACAAAUCAACAAACGUUGUCGUGGCUCAGCUCAUCUAAUUCAGGAUAUUCCCCCCUGUUAAAUGUUGUCACUAGAUGGCACCCUUGGCGUACUUAUUUGACGGUUCCAUCAAAAGUUGUAUAGAUGUGACAUCAUUACGCUGUAUGUAUGCCUUGUUAUGUAACCAGAGGAGCAGACACGGCACUUGCGGUUAUGUUUUAUGCCAGAGUGUUAAUAAUGAAACCUCCUGGACUGACCUCAAUGAAUAAACCAAAAGCUAUGAGGAAUAAGAUCGGAAUAAAUGUUAACAUGGAUGUGUUUUAGAAUAACAAUCGGUAUGAACCACCCCUCUCGAUUGCAAUACAAUUUCUUUCCGAUUGAGCCGAAUUGGAUCAGAAUCUUCUGAUUAACAUAUUUACAUGACGCAUUUUUAUUCCGAUCUGACAUUUAUUCUGAUUAUUUGUGCCCAUGUAAACACAGCUAGUGAUACAAAGAACUAAGUGUCAUCUGCAUAGAGGGUAAAUUUAUAGAAUGUUUCCUGACGAUAUUACCAAGAGGAAUCCUAUAUAAGAGGAAAAGUAUUGGUCUUAGCAUUGAACCCUGUGGAACCCCGUAACAGACCUUGGUAUGAAUUUUCAACAACAUGCACAAACUGAUAUCAAUCUUUCAAAUAUAAUAUAAACCAAGCUAAAGCAGUUCCUGUUGUUCAAGCCUCUGUAACAGGAUCUAAAGCUGCACUAAGAUCUAAAAAAACAAGUACUCAUUACAAUCCCGUGACAAUAGAUGUAUAAUGCAGAUCUUGACCUUGUACUCACAGGGCUUCAGAUCUCAUUGUGCAGACACAUUAAUAGAUUAUCCCCUCGCAGAGUGUGGAUGGCUGUCAGCAUUGUGGUCUAGGAAAAAAAGCAAUGUGAAGAAGCUGACAUGUUGAGUCAGCAGUCGCUCUGUCCCCUUUGGUAGGCAUUUAACACACCCACAUCUCAUAUCUUUAUCAGUACCAGAGUAGUCCUCUUAUGUAGAUCAGAAACUUUUAGGAGGUUAUGGACAAUUUAUUGAAUUUCACCUUAAGGAUCAACUAAGUUCUUCUUCUUCUUCUUCUUCUUCUUCUUCUUCUUCUUCUUCUUCUUCUUCUUCUUCGUACUCAUAUCCAUAUUCUUCUUCUUCUUCAAGCUCCAAUACUGUAAAAGCAGUUGCUAUUUUAAGGUUAAAUGAGGUUUGGGAAGACCAAGGACACCCAGGUCCAACGUAGAUCCUUGAUUUUCACAAAAACAAAAACACGCUAAUGUACUCCCUCUAACCCACAUAUGUCAGAGUCAAGGCCCGCGAGAAGGUUUUUUACGGCCCCUGGGAUGAUCUUGAUUUAUUAUUCGAACCGGCCCGCAGACCGCAGCAAGCCGGCAGCCCGCAGAUCUUUUACACGCACCAAUACUACAUUUCCCACAAUGCAACGGUGACGCACCGAGCAGUAGGCUGCUUCGUUUCAAUAUUUAUUAGCACAGCAGUCGUCAGCAUAACAGUAAAAUUAACUUUUAGAUACCCAUCAAAAAUGGCAAAACGGAAGGUGGACACUGAGAACCGGGGGUUUCAAACAAGGUGGGAGUCGGAGUAUAUGUUCACGGAGGUAGCUGGAAAACCUGUGUGUCUUCUGAAUGGAGAAAGUGUGGCUGUACUGAAAGAGUAUAAUCUGAGACGACAUUAUGAAACGAAACACGCGGACAAAAACAAGAAUAUGGACACCACCAAGUAUCACCCUCAACCUCAAACAAGUGAACAUUACUGUGCAAUCACAUAUUUAGAGUUUUUACUCGGUUCAAGUUUAAAAGUUAAAGUUUAAUAUUUGUUUUCACUGCAUGUUACUUCUCCUUGAAGAAAGUGCUGUUUUUGAUUAAUAGAUUUUUGCACUUUAUUUUAUUGUAUUUCAAUCCAAUUAUAUUUUAAAAAUAUUUCAGUUGAGUGGAUGAUAGAAAAUUGCUAUUAUUAUUUUUUUCUUUGAAGUAAAUUUAGCCCACUUUUGCUAAAAUAGAAAAUAUAGGCUACUGAUGGUGCCUUGAAUAAUACCGGUUUCUUUCAUUUAAUGUUCAUGUUAUGGGGAUUUUUAUAUAAAGGAAAUUUGUCUUUUGUGUCUGUUGAAAAUUAAAGAUUACUGACAGAGCCAUAAGAAAAUAUUGCUUUAUUUAUCUGAUCAUAUUGGAAUAUAUUUGUUAGGUUUUCAGUAGGUUCAAUUAGGUUCACUCGACUAUAUGCGUCAUUUAAAAAAUUUUCAAUGAACAUUCGAUCAGUCCGGCCCUCGGCUUGUAGCUAAAUUUUUUAUUUGGCCCUCCGUCCAUUUGACUUUGACACCCCUGCUCUAACCCUAACGUAUAAAAAGGGGAAAAGGCAAAACACAAAUGAAACACGACAAAGGAAGCACUGGACUGUCAGGCAGUUAAAAUCCCACAACUCAGAAUAUUUAUUUCUUGUAGAGAGUUUUAAACAUGUAUUUCAUGUUUUUAUUUUGCAUCUUUCUGAAAAGCCUCACACAUGCACACCGUCAUUUACAGAAAAUUGAAAUUGUGUUGCUUAAACCUUUACUUUACUGAUCUACGUUACUCAAGACUGACAUUUCAGAGAUCGGACAUAUAUCUGUACUCACUUCCAUAAAAACAAAGAUGUUUAUCAUCAUUUUUCUACCAAUUGAAGAACUCAGUCUUUCUUGGCUUUCUUCAUAGCUGUCUUUUUAAUAUCUUUUCUGUGUAACAUUGGAUGUUUCAUGAUUUUUGAAAAGUGAGCAGGGACUUAUUUUGAAGGCUUUUUUUGGUAACCUUCAGAGAGGAGGGUUUGUCAAGCCUUAAAGAAUAACCCUGCCCCUACAGCCUCCUUAACCUUAUUAAAAAAAUGUUUUUCUUUGCUAAAAAGUCAGUUUUUAAUAAAUAUUUAUCUUGUUUUUUGGGGGGGUUAUUGAUCAUAUAAAUACAUCUCUCUUUCGCUGAUCGUAUCAUCUGUCUGUGUCUUCUUCCAUCUUCCAGGGGCUGGUGUUUUUUUCUUGUCCUGUUCAGAGGGAGAACAUAUCAGUUUCCUGUUUGACUGCAUUGUCAGGGGUAUUACCCCCACCAGGGCCCCUUGUGGAGUUGGAUCUGUCCUGCCAGGUGAAGACAUACAUAUACACAAACACCACUACACACACAGACACAUGCAUGCACAGGGAAAAGGGUUUAUAUAAAAAUACAUCUGCAAAUAUGAAUCUGUGAAGGAAUAUUUGUCUCAUUUGUCCGCUGCAUUGAAACAUCAGAUCGGUAUGAGACCCUGUGACCUCUGUGACAAAGGUUUACUGCCUGUUGAGAGCAUAUGUUUGGCACACGUGACAUGCAAGCAGAAAGUCCACAUGCCUGAAGAACAAGGGUCCAUGUGCGUGUCGAAAGGGUCAUGCCAUUGUGUGUGAUCUGUAACCCACUGCUAACUUUACAGGCAUUUCUGGGACCACAAAUAUAGAGACAGACAUUCUAGUGAAAGUUGAAUUUUUCUUGUGGGGCUUUGUGGGUUUUGGGAAAGCUCUGCAGAUAAACAGAUUAUUUCAGAUAAACACAAAUUCAGUGCUUAGCUUGUUUCCUAGAAAGAGUUAAGCUAGGUUUAAUCGACUUGAUUAAAAAUGUCCAGAAUUAAGCUUCAGCCGCCCUGCGACACUGGCAUACGUGUCAGCUAAGCUGCAUCAGUCUGUCGAGGCCUGUGACAUUCAGUGCAGUGAGGCUGCUAUAAUUAGCGCCGCAUAACAACGUUAGCAUAUGUUAGCUGACACCUCACAUAGCAUAGUGAAGAAACUUGGCAUCCGCGUUAGCUGCUGCAGUCUGAAGGCAGAGAUUCAGGGAUAAGUUUGUUGACGAUGACACCUUACAUACAAACACCCUGACCCACUGCCUUGUGCAUUUAGCAAACGCAUAUACUCUAAGUAUAUAUAGAAGGCAUAAAGUGUUUAAUUGGCGGGGUUUUACGCUUAAUUGGUGUUCCAACAGAUACCCCAGGCGCCUAUAACCUCCUUGAGGAGAUAUUAAAUUUACAUCUUGGGUUCGAGCCAAACACAACUCCUUAAAGGAAGCCAAUGCAUACAGUAGCACUCUGCCAACUUCUGCUUACAUGUAACUGAUAUUUUUUUACAGAAGGACAUUUUUAGAUAUAAACCAAACUGCUGGUAACAGGAAACUUUUGUGUAGAAGUAACCAGUGUGACUCUGCAUUGUGGUUACAUAGGAAGACACCAGCGAGAUUUUAUGUGCGUUUAUUCUGUAAACCAGAAUGAGAAGGGAAACUGGUAACACUUACAAUAACCAUAAGUUAUAAAUGGUAAAUAGACCAUUUAUAAAUGAUAGCAGAUAGUUUAUUAAUGUUUAAUCAUCAUUUAUAACUAGCAUAUAGACCAUUAAUAAAUUGUAAAUUUUUAAUUUUUAAAAAUCUGACCCUAACUCUAACACUAACUUUACAAUAACCAUCUAAGUAAUGUUUAUUGGUAAUUUAUAUACCACUUAUUAAUCAUUUACAAAGUAUUACAAACAUCAGUUGCAACUUUAUAAUAACCAUCUCAGUAAUGUUUAUAGAUGGUUUAAAAACCAAGUAUUAACCAUUUACAAAAUGCUACUGACACACAUUUUAAUCUAGAUGUUUUACAACCAAUAUUUAAACACUAACACUCGGGAUGUUACAUGAGUGAAAAGAAACUAAAAACUGUUUAAUAAACACACCACGAAAAAUAAAAGUACAUAUAAAAUAAAUAAAUUAUGGAGAAAUCAAUAAUUAGCCAAUGGGCACCUACCUCUCCGCCAGGGAUCAUAAUAGAAAAGGGGAGAAGUAAGGAGGCCAACUCAAAUAUAAAGGAAAAGAAACCAAUAAAAAAGAGGGAGGCUGCACUUCAAAAUAAAUUAAAUUUAUCAAAAAAGGUUCCACAGUCAAAAAUAAAAACACACAGGUAUAAUUUUGGUAAUUAUAAAGAAUAAUAAUAAUGUAUAUUUAACUCUUUUACAUAUAAAUUGUGGACAUCUCAUGUUUUAUGUCUUUUUGUGUGUUUAUGCAUGUCUGUCUGAACAUUUCCAACAGCAGGCUCCAAAUCUGACCCAGAGUCAGCUGAGAAACGGAUCAGUCAGGAGACAUCUGAGCUGGAGAAGAGACUCAGCAUGUUGUCUAACUGCAGCCUGGCAAGCAGCACAGGUAUGUGAUUCUGUUAAACCUUACCCAAGACCAGAAGUCCUGGAUGACUCAUGAGCACUUUGUAGGUAGUAAUGUGAGGAAAUCUUAUGGUGUUUUUGCACUUUGUUUGCUUUAGCUGGUUGGCCUUUCAUUAAAGUCCCACUCCGAUGUUUUUUUUUUAUGACUUAAAGUGUCCUCAGUGGUGUGAUUAUUGUUGUGAUAAUUGUGAUUAUUAAGUUUUUACCAAAAAUCGUGUUAUCUGUGUCAUUUUUAAGGACUUUUCAUUUUCAGAGGUCUAGUAGAUCAUUAGCAAUUCGCCUCUGUGUCGUGGGCGGAGACAGCGCUGCUCUGCACACUCCUCUUCACGUUAGCUUCUAGCCUAAGAUUGCCGGCGUAGUAAAAGAAGCAAACUAACUAGCAUUGCUAUCCGCUAACGUACACACUUGUUCCGGGAUUGUCCUCUGUAUUUCUCCUCUAUAUGCAGAGUGUGGGGGCGGAGCUUGGAUUUGUGACAUAUGAAAUCUCAAUGUAUCUGAACCUGCCGUUUGGGUUUGCCAGAGAUUCACAGCGAUUUGAAUGAAGAAAUACUCAGAAAUCUCAUGAUACGUCCUCUAGCAUCAGAAAAACAUUAUAUGAACAUGUAGACAACAAGAAAAACAUGAUUUUCAUCGGAGUGGGUCUUUAACUACAUGGACUUUUUUUGUCAUAUACAUAUAAGUUACACAUGUUCUGUUAGGUGUAAUUACUUUCUCACCUCCUCAGCUUCCACUUACAGCUGCAGCACAUCUGUUGCUGGCGAUGACCAAAGUAGUAUCUCCAGCUCCUCCUCCAGUCAAUCAGAUACGAGCUAUGGAAGCAGAUUUCUGUACUGGGCGGAGCCUAGACCGCACCCCUCCAACCAGACACCAUCGAGCCCCCCUACUAUGAAGGCUUUGACUCUCUCGGACGACCGACUCUACGGCGCUGCAAGUUCCAGUGCUCAGCUCCAUCCUCGGGGUCUCCAUGACAGCGGACGGCAAAGCUCAUUGGACAGUGGGAUUGGGAUCGCCACGGGCAGUCAGUCUUGUUAUUCAGGGAGCUCCUCCUCAUAUACAGGGAGUUUGGAUAUAGCAUGUCCAGAGGGGGAGGAGGAGUAUGGCUCUGUGAUGAGCCUACCUGCUUCACCACCUCCUCCUCUUCUUCCCCCUCCUCCACCACUACCUCUUCCUCCAACAACUCCUCCUCCUCCUUCUGAGUCAACACAAGAGCACUGUCCAUGUGCAUCCAGGUCUAGCGUGUGUGCAUCCAGGAGGAAUGGGGAGGAGUAUCAAACCCCCAGCCUUAUCGGACUGCAUUAUGACACUCCCAGGAAUGUACUCCAUACCGCCUCCACCACCUUUCAAGAGGUCCCACCUGAGCUGGGCAGAGACAGCAGGAACAGUAGGGAUGGAGGAGGGGGUAGACUGAGACAAAGGACAAGCAACAGUCCUACGAGACCCAGGGCUUGGCAUCAAACCAUAAUGCAGCACUUACACUCCUGGGGCAGUGAGAGGGCGCCCUCUGUAGACGGUGAGAAGUCAGCACCUCGACCUGAGUUGGAUAAUGAAGGCUUUGUUUGUGAAGAAACAAAGGUACUUACAGUUUCUCACAUUUUCAGUUUAAAGUGCAUCAAUACAUCUGUCAGCCGAAAAAUUAAAUUUGGCAAAUAGAAGCAGGAUUAAAGGGAUAAUCCGGCGUAAAAUUAAUUUAGGGUCAAACACACCGUAACACCCAGAGUCAAGAGAUGAAUGUUUCUGACUGCUUGUUUCUCUAGUUAUACCAACUUUAAUGAUGACCGCACGAUAGCAAUACACAGCGGUCUGAGGAGCCAUAAACAAACCUCAACCAAAACGCCACUCUAUAGCUACAAAUAAUGCUCAAAGAGCAAAGAGACUAAACACAACUCACCUACUCUCAUCCAGCAGCCGUUUGUUUGUAGUGAGACCUCAGGCCAGUCCAUGAUGGACUACAGCGGAGUUUCGCAGCUCAAGGAAGAACAUUUAUGAUCAUUUCUUUAUCAUUACCUCAAAGUAAUAAUCACCAUAAUAAUAAUUUUGCACUGCAGACGCGGUAGUUCUUUUACCUUAACGACUCGGUCUGAUUGUAUUUCCAUGAAGAAAUGAUCAUAAAUGUUCUUCCUUGAGCUGCGUCCCCCGGCUGUAGUCUGUUAUGGACUGGCCUGAGGUCUCACCACAAACCAGCGGCUGCUGGAAGAGAGUAGGUGAGUUGUGUUCAGUCUCUUUGCUGAAGAAAUCAGGCAAAGUUAAGGUGUUUGGUGGCUAGUACUCUGGCUGGGACUCUAUAUGUACUGUAGAUGAAGUUAGGUGCUGUUCAGAGCAUUAUUUGUGGCUAUAGAGUGGUAUUUUGGUUGAGGUUUGUUUAUGGCUCUUCAGACCGCUGUGUAUUGCUGUUGUGUGGUUGUUACUAAAGUUGGUAUAACUAGAGAAGCAAGCGGUCGGCAACAUUAAUCUCUAGAGGGGGUGUCUAACUCGGUGUUACGGUUUGUUUGACCCUAAAUUAAUUUUAAGCCGGAAUAUCCCUUUAACUAUGAUAAAUGAGUGUGGGUGGGGAGUAACUAAUUACACUUAAUUUAAAUCUUUGCUUUUUUUAAAGUUGAUUUUAAAUUCUAUAAUUUCACUUAAAGUACUUUCUUCAGCAGAGAUUAUACGUAUCAAGCUCAAAUCACAAGGAUGUUGGAAAUACUGUGUGGUGAUGUUGGUGCAGUUGUGUUGUGUUUUAUGUUGCCCUUUCGUAUUGUGCAAUUUGCAGUAUUCGCCACUGGCUUUGCUCCAGUAGUUUAAGUAAGUAUUGCUCAUUAAGAAGCCCACACAGAAUAAGCAGAAGCAGAGGGAACGGUAACUCGAAAGCUUCAGGUUUCUUUUUUUAAUGGGGACAUUUUCAUCCAAACAAAGCCAGGAGAUCUGGAGGUAAACACUUAACACUCAUCAACAUCACCGGAGUCACUGAGCAUGAAUGACAGAGAGUCCUUCUCAGUGAGAGGAGACAGUCCCGACCAGCGAGGAAUGAUAGUCACACAAAAACACAAAGAAGAAACAAAUAAGAGGUUGAUUAAAAUCAGCUGAAUGGUUUCUCUCUGAGGGGGUUAAAUUUUAGUCUUAAACCUGUGAAACCAAAAGAAAGAGACGUGGAUUUUGCGCAUUAAUUAUCUGCCGGAUGAUGAAUAGAGGUUCCUCUUGUAAUGAGGGAAUAACACUAACAGUGGGAGAGGGAUGAGAGUGUUGUGAUUUCUGACAGCCCGUGGGAGUGUGUGCUCAUUCUCCAUCAUUUCGGUGCUGUAGGGGAAACGAACUCAAAGGAAGGGUAGUGAGUUAAUGAGCAGUGAUAACACCUGCUGCAACACUGAAGGAAAGAGUCCUGAACUUCAUUUAUGGGAGUCGCCAUGGUGAUAAGUUUCAUGCACACUAAAACACCAUGUGGCUGAUAUCAUUUCUGAAACUCUGAAGUGAGUGUGGAUAAUUGUUAGAAAAUUACACCCUCCGCCUUACUUUUACAAUCCUCUCUAUCUCAUAAAAGCUUCUGUCUAGAUCAGUUUACAGCAUCUCCUCUCUCCUAAUCUGAUCUGAUAUGAUGCAUUGAUGUUGAGUAUCUAGGUUAAAUCUAUAAACUGUUGUCUUCAUCAAGCUCUCUUGUCUCCAGAGCCAGUGCUGUCACGGUGCAGACAACUACAUCACACCAGAGCAGUGGCGAUCAGUAAAGAACAGAUGCGUGACUCAGGUAAGCGAUUACACGCUCCCCAAAUCCACGAGAGUUUGCUUUUUCCACUCAUUUUCACAAAGAGGGGUUAUCCUGUGAGCUUUGUUAUCCCCUGGCUCUACUGGGAUCUACUGUAAUCUAACUGCAUGAAUGAAUUAACACAAGCUUCAGUCAUCUUCAUGUCUGCAGAGCGUAUAUCAUUUCCGCUUUUGCUAUGGCGCAGAGUUUUGUUUGUGUUUUUUGGUUUUCGAUGCCAGUUGUAAUUUAAUCAUCUUUGCAGACAAGUGUGGAAAUUCUCUGCUCUUUACUGUGUCUUUUACUAAACAGAAAUAGUGCUAAUAUAUUUAAUUGAACAUGUAAGAAUCAAACCAAACUCGACAAACGAUUAUCCCGUUAAAAAGAUUUUGAUUAAUUUGAGUCUUUGCGCCCACUGGAAAUAUUUAAUUUAAACUGCCCCUCCUGUUGGUUUCUUUCAGCUCCUAUUGUAGUGGCAGUGAUAGUUGAAAGCAGGUCAGGGUCUCAGCUCCAUAACAGGGUGUACUACAAUGCAAUCACAGUUGUUGUGUCGCAUGCUUGCUUCAGAGAGUUACAGGAUUCAACACUUGCUCAUCCACAACCGAGCUAUGUCUCCUCUACGCAGCAAAUCUGGGAUUAUAGCAUGAAGAUUACUGCGAUGCAAACACUGUUUCUCAGCCCAAAUCCAAGACUUUCUAAAUGCAAAUAUCUUCAUGACACUUCUUGUGUAUCGUCCCUGCUAAACCUCAGCAGUCACUGCAUAUGUUUUUCAAUGAAUCUUGUGACCAAUUCUUGUGCAUCUUUGUAAAAAUGCUUUUGUGUUUGUUUCUAGACGGCCAACAUACCGCAAGGCUUGCCAACAGCUGCAGAUGCUAAAGGUUUGUGAAAGAAGCACAACUCAAACACUUGAUCAAUCAUUAAAAUAUUAGAUAUGCUGAAGUGAUUAACUGACUUGAUGUAUGAUAGCAAAAUGAUGCACGUGUUGUGGAAAUGAAAAGGUCAUUUUUGAUUAUAUUGAUCUGAUGGGACCAAUUUGCCACUAUACAUAUCUUUACCAUUGCUAGAAAACACUAAUUAAUAUCGGUUCCUAAAUCAUUAUUUCUUAUUUAUAGAGGGAAAUGAAGAUGCUGGAGAUGCUGGUAAUUACUUGGUAGGUCUGAGGAGGUCGGCACCCCUCAGUCCACCCUCUGCCCCUCCUUCUCUUCCCGGGGUACAGAGCAUGCACAGUCAAACAACAUCAUCUUCUGGUGAGAUUAUCAGCAUUUCUAUGUUGUUCUUAUUUGGACUCACUUUAUGUUACGACUGCUUCAUGCUCAGUUAGGGUCAAAUGAAACAAAACUAGUCUAAUGGCCAACCUUUUGGAUUUUUCUUUUAGGUAUGUUUCAGUCUGCUCGAGAGGCUCAUUCGUCUGUGUCCCUGGACACCGGGCUCCAUAGCAACCGCACUGUGAAUUAUGUGAACUUGCCCAUUAGCCCGCUGACAGCUAAAUCUAACGUAGAGCUCCUUUUCACUGAGCUGAAUCUGCAGGAGCACAGUUCAGCACAAGUCUUCAGUGGUUACAGUGCUGUCAGAGGUAAAUCUUUGCAGCUCUGUAGGCCGAGUAAUAACCCCUAACCGUUUGAUAUUCAAAUGCAUUUCAAAUUACACAAUGUUUGUACCGCCAGUUUAUUUAAUUUACUAUUUACCAGUUUGUGUUUUGAUUCUUAUGAAUGUACGAGAGAAACAGAAGAUAGAUGAAUAAAACAGUCAUGUUUGGUUUGCUUGAGAACUUCUUCUGUUGCUUCUUCUUAUCCCAUUUUUUUUCUAUCUGCGAUAAAAGUAUUUGAUUAAAGACCUGCUUUAGGACCUAAUUCAAGAGAGUACAAUAUUUAGCAAACUACUCACUGAAGCAUUCAAGUCCCAUAAAUCAACAACAAAGUAAAGAAAAACUGUGACUUUAUUCAUUUUACAUCUCAUAACAUUGAUCCAUUUAACCGUUUUCAGUAACUGAUUGGUAAGUGGGCUUAUAAAUGACAAUGUGAAGUUAAUAGCUGUGCUUACAUGGGCACAAACAAUCGCAAUAAAGUCCCGAUGGAAUAAAAAUGCGUCAUGUGAACAUGUUGAUUGGAAGAUUCUGAUCCAAUUCGGUUCAACCCGAAAGAAAUUGUAUUCCAAUCCGGAGUGGUGGUUUAUGCUGAUCAUUAUUCCGAAACGUGUCCAUGUAAACACUUAUUCCGAUUGUGACUCUCUAAUCUGCCUCAACCUUCAUUCUUCAGCCUUUAGCUUAUUGAUUGAGGUCAGUACAGGAGGUUUCAUUAUCAACACUCUGGCAUAAAACACAACCGCAGUAGCCGUGUCUGCUCCUCCAAUAACGUAACAUGGCGUACAAACAGCGUAAUGAUGUCACAUUUGUACGCACAGUGCAACCUUUGACAGAACAGUAAAAUAAGUAUGCAAGGGCGCCAUCUAGUGACAACAUUUGAAAGGGGAAACAUCCUGACUUGGAUGAAGUGAGCCACUACAGCGUUUGUUGGCUUGUUGAUAGCACAGACGUAAAUACAACUCUUCUUCUGCAGUUGAUUUAGUGAAAUCGGACAACUCUGCGCAUGUCCAAAUGCUUCUAAUCGGAUUAUUUGAUUU